AUGCUGACUAUAACUUCAUCAGAACAAUAUGAUUAUGGUGCUCUAACCAGGAGCUACAUGGGAAUAUUCAAUUCACAAAGGUUUUCCAGAUUUCUAAAUACAACACAAACUGGAGCCGCCCACUCCGCGUCAGGACUCGACUUUGGGCUAUUCAUGAAAACGCUAUUCACAUCAUUAUGUUUCUGUACUAUUCAAUUAACCCUAUUUUGUCUAUUUCGAUCAGUUUUUAAUUUCCUAUAUCAACCACGAUGUUUUUGUGUACCAAUCAAUGAAAGAAUGGAAUGUCUACCUAGAGGAUUUUUGAAUUGGAUAAUCCCAACAUUGAAGUCGAGCAUAAAUAAUUAUUUAUCACUUGGAUUAGAUGCAUACUUCUUUGUUAGAUAUAUCAGUGUUCUCCUGUUAUUCUUUUCAGUUUUAGGAACUUUGAAUAUGAUUAUUUUAAUACCGAUUAAUGCCACUGGAAGCAAUGCAGAGUAUUCAGCAACAGGGUUAGAUAAACUUAGUCUUUCCAAUAUUUCCAAUACCAAAGUCGCACGAUUAAAUGCCCAUUUCAUUAUGGGUCUUCUUACUAUUGGAUUCUUUCACUGGAUGAUAAUCUAUGAAUUCCAAUCUUUCGUAACCAUUAGGCAAUCGUAUCUUGUUUCCAAUACUCAUAGGAAUUCUAUCAUGGCAAGAACUCUUUUAAUAUCUAAUAUCCCAUACUAUUUACAAGAUGAUGGGAUUCUUAGGGAUCUUUUCAAGAUUGUUCCCGGAGGCAUCAAAAACUUUUGGGAAGUUUAUGAUUUUGAAAGAAUAGAUCAUGAAGUUAAAAAAGCAGAAUACGCCUUGAAUAUACUUGAACAAUCUCAAAUUUUGGUACUACGGAAAUACUAUAAUCAUAGAUAUGGACUUCUUGGUUUCAGAGACGGAUCCGUAGAAGAUGAGACCCAUGAUAUGCUUGACUUUUUGCACAAUCCCAAAAAUGAAAUUCUCUUCUAUCCUCCAAUAUACCUAGGGCUAGUUAAGGUACCGAAAUUCGACAGAAGUUUUAGAGUACAACUAGCAGGUUGGUUAAGAAUCUUUCGCUUCGAGAAGAAGCAUGUCAUGAAAGAUUGGGCAAUCCAGACAUUGCAGGACUGUAUUACAUGUAUUGACGAGGAAAAAUUAAAGUUAGCUAAUGGUCAAUUAAGAAAACAUAAUAAAACAUUUGUCGAGUUUACUACCCAAGAAGGUGCAUAUAUUGCCCAUCAAUGCUUGCUUUCACAAUCACAAGGUCAUCUAGACAAAACUUUAAUUGAGAUCAACCCUGCAGAUAUAAUUUGGAGAAACGUAUCAAGAAAUGACGGAGUUGCUUGCAAAUUCGAAAAAUACUUAGUUACUGUGGUCUUUAUAUGUAUAAUCAUCCUAUAUGUUAUUCCAGUUUCAUUAAUUGGAUUAGUAUCUCAGAUUCCAUUAUUGACUCAGUUAAUGCCAUUCCUUAAAUGGAUCUAUCAUUUCCCGGAAGAAGCAAGGGCCACAAUAUCGGGGUUUCUUCCUUCUAUAUUAUUGACAAUAUUGACUGAAAUCGUCAUGUAUACUUUUAGGUUUCUCACAUACUACAAAGGGAAGACAACUGGAUGUGAGGCUGAGCUAGAUUUGCAGAAAUGGUAUUUUGCAUUUCUAUUUGUUCAACAAUUUCUAGUGGUUACCAUUCUGUCAAGUGUUACUGUUAUCUGCCGACAAAUCAUCGAUCAACCUACUUCAAUUCCGGUGCUUCUUGCAACCAACCUACCAAAAUCGGCAACCUUUUUCUUUCAAUAUAUUUGCCUUAGGGCAUUUGCAUUUUGUGGAAACAAUUUCUUAAGAAUAGGACAGCUAACACUAAGCAAUACUUUAUAUAAGAUCAUUGAUAAUACACCAAGACGUAAGUUCAAGAGAGUUACCAGUUUACCAAAGAUUAAGUGGGGAACUACAUUUUCGGUAUAUUCAAUAUACGCAUGCAUCAGAAUAUCAUACUCAAUAGUAUCUCCAUUAAUUUCCAUUUUUAUAAUAUUUUUCUUAUGUCUUUCAAUCCUUUAUUACAAAUAUGCAUUGAAGUAUGUAUAUAGUCAUAUAAACGAAUCAGAAACUACGGGAAGGUUAUACCCAAUUGCAUUGCUCCAUUUGUAUACUGGAAUAUAUUGUCUUGAAUGUUGUUUGAUUGGUGUAUUUUUCCUUCUGAAGGAUAAGAAGGGUUCCUAUCCUAUGAGAACACACGGAUGGAUUAUGACAGGAAUAUUAUUUCUUACAAUAUUUACCAACACUUUAAUUUAUAACAGAUACAUUCCCCAUUUUUCGAACCUACCGAUUUUAUCGGAUAAAAUCUAUAAAGAAACUCCUCAGAAACAGGAUAACCAAGUAUGUGAUGAACCAGAUUCGACUUCAACGUAUUACCUGAAUAGGAAAUUGAUGUAUUUACAUCCCGCUUUCAAAUAUGAACCACCAAAAUUAUGGCUACCGAAAGAUCCUUUAGGGUUUACAGAAUUGCAAAUACAAGAAAUUGAAUCCAAAAUAGAUAGUUUACGAGAAGGACAAACAACUGGUGCACUGGUGACAUUUGUGAAACCUUUCCACACACUUAAACUACUAGUAUCUCAAGCUCCACCAGAUUAUAAAUAA